GACAAUUCCAAAUCAGAAAAAUUCCACUUUUUUGAAUGUCGAAAGCUGACAAAACUGAGAAAUACCUUCGAAUCUGAUUCGAUUCGAUUUGCAUUGAAGAACUUGAGAGCCUCUUUUUGACUCCCUCUCUCUCUUUCUCUACAGAUCUCUUCUUCUCUCACUUGAAGAUCGCCACAACUCUAACCUGUUUCCAAGGUGGAUCGUUGAAUCGGGUAGAGAGAUUGAUUGUGUAUCAAGUCAAAAAUGACGAAGAAGGAGAGACCUAGACCACAGAAGUUGUCUGUUUACCUUUAUAUACCUAACAUUGUUGGGUACAUGAGAGUUCUCUUGAACUGUGUUGCCUUUGCUGUCUGUUUCUCUAACAAAACACUCUUCUCCCUCCUCUAUUUCUUCAGCUUUUGUUGUGAUGCUGUUGAUGGCUGGUGCGCUCGUAGAUUCAACCAAGUUUCAACGUUUGGAGCUGUUCUCGACAUGGUCACAGAUAGAGUUAGCACGGCCUGUCUACUCGUGGUUCUCUCUCAAGUCUACAGGCCUAGCUUGGUCUUCCUUUCAUUACUGGCUUUAGAUAUUGCUAGUCACUGGCUGCAGAUGUACAGUACGUUUCUAGCAGGGAAGAGCAGCCAUAAGGAUGUGAAAGACAGCACAAGCUGGCUUUUCAGACUCUACUAUGGAAACCGGAUCUUUAUGUGUUACUGCUGUGUGUCUUGCGAGGUUCUGUAUAUCAUCCUUCUUCUCAUUGCAAAGAACCAAACCGAGAACCUCCUGAAUGUCGUAGUUUCCACUUUGACUCAGAUUUCACCACUUUCUCUUCUUUUGGCUUUGACAAUAUUCGGUUGGUCCAUGAAACAAACAGUCAAUAUCAUUCAGAUGAAAACAGCUGCAGAUGUCUGUGUACUGUAUGAUAUAGAGAAGCAGCAGAAGAAACCUUGAUCUUCCUUUCCCUUUUUUCUGAACUUGCAACUCUAGUUUUUUUUCCAGUGUAGAAACAUGCGCUCCUGUGUUUAAAACAAGAUGAAAGAAUAUUGAUUUGCGUUUUUGACAUAAUUUCUGUUUGUAAAUAUAAUCAGAUUACAUGUUUAAUCUUAUGUUAUAUUGAAUUGCCUUUUGACAUAA